AUGGUCUUGGUUUCGAGCACGAUCCCACUGUUUGUAACGUGGAAGAUUGGUCGAGAUAAACGAUUGCGUGGAUGCAUAGGUACUUUUUCUGCCAUGAACCUGCAUUCAGGACUCAGGGAGUACACACUUACUAGUGCCCUUAAAGAUAGUCGUUUCCCCCCAAUGACGAGGGAUGAGCUGCCACGGCUUUCCUGCUCAGUGUCUCUACUCACUAACUUUGAAGAUGUAUGUGAUUACAUGGAUUGGGAGGUGGGUGUACAUGGCAUUAGAAUAGAAUUCAUCAAUGAAAAAGGAUCAAAACGCACCGCCACCUACUUACCGGAGGUUGCAAAGGAGCAAGGAUGGGACCACAUUCAGACCAUAGAUUCCUUAUUGAGAAAAGGAGGCUACAAAGCUCCAAUUACUAAUGAAUUCAGGAAAACCAUAAAGCUAACCAGGUACCGUAGUGAGAAGAUGACCAUGAGCUACGCAGAGUACCUUAACCAUCGUCAGCAUCAUCACUUCCAAAAUGGCAUUGGACACCCCCUUCCACCGUACAACCAUUAUUCCUGACACUGAGCCGCAUGACCAGUCACUGGACCUCUCUGCAGACCUCUUCCCAGGAGACCCUGCCCCUUCUUGGUCUAGCUAUCUCUAUUACUGUACCAUUUUAUGAUGAUAGUUUCCGUUGCCAUGUUGAGGCUUCUCCUUAGUCGGUUAAGCUCAUCGUGGCAACGGAUGGGAAAACUGCAUUAUUACAAAGAUCCCAUACGUUUUUUUAUUAUUGAGUCACUGCAGAUUUUUUGCAGCAUAUAUAGCCCUUGGGUUUUUUAUGAAAUUUUAAAUUUCUACUUCAUUAACAUUGAAUUAUAUCAAUCAAGACUUUCUGUGACUGUGGAUGGAAGGAAAGUUUUAAGGGUUACAGUUAGGCAUUUAUGGCUUUUGCAUUAAUAGCUGUAGCAGGGAAUUAAACAUAUCAGAUUCAGGUAUUAAACUAGACAAUGAAUUGCAUCUUCAUAACCUUCUUAAUAAUGUCAUAUGUACAAUAUCUCACCCCUACAGUAAAGAUUUCAUGUAGCUAUAUACAUGAUCUUCAGACCCAGCACAGACAGCCAAAAUUUGAAGGGUGACAUAUAAAGAGCUUUAUUUUGGAUGAAGAGAUGCUGCUAUAUCUACAAUGAGAGGUAAUGACAAUAUGGAAACGUUUUUAGAAUCAAGGGGGUCUAACUGAUAAGACAUGACAUAACCCAUUAGGCUAGUACAUACCUUUGUCUCCCCUUCCACUGUGGGAACCAAGGGUGCUCUAGCCCUGUCAGGACUAGUCAUAGUAACGCGUUUGUAAUGAGACAAUGCCUUUCUGGUGAUUUCAAAUGAGGAGUCACUUCGAUUUUUUAAAAACAGGUUGGUGAGUAGCAGAUGUCAUAUUAGGAAGAAAAUGAAUUUAGAUUUUAGUGCCUUUGACUAUGACAUAACUAUACACUUAUGUAUAAAAUUCAUAGAAAAAAUAUAGCAAACGCACCAGAAGUUGUAGCAAACUAUAUUGAGUUCUUUGCUGAUCUGGCAUCAGGUUUCUUAGAACUUUUUUUUAAGUGGUGGCUUUUUUUUCUUUUUCUUUUCUUUUUUU